AAUAUUUUUUCUUAUUUUGCCCGUGAAUAUAUGUGUCUCGUUUGCUGGAUGGUUUUGAACUUGAACUGAAUUUUGCUAAAAGUGUUUGGCAACUUCAAUCAACUUCAUAAUUUUAAUUAGUUUCCAACGCUAAAGCAUCAUCUUGUUCUACAAUGGCGGACGCUGCUCCAGCCGGUGGACGUGGGGGAUUCCGAGGUGGUUUCGGUGGUGGUGGUAGAGGAGGUCGCGGCCGUGGUAGAGCUCGUGGUCGCGGGAGAGGCCGUGGCCGUGGAAAGGAAGAAAAGGAAUGGAUUCCUGUUACCAAACUUGGACGUCUUGUGAAGGAUGGAAAAAUCAAAGACCUGCAGCAGAUUUAUCUGUUUUCUUUACCAAUCAAGGAGUGUGAAAUCAUCGAUUUUUUCCUUGGAAGUACCCUAAAGGAUGAUGUCAUGAAAAUAAUGCCUGUGCAAAAACAAACCAGAGCAGGACAGCGUACAAGGUUUAAAGCAAUUGUUGCUAUGGGAGAUCACAAUGGGCAUGUUGGAUUAGGGGUCAAGUGCUCUAAAGAAGUUGCAACUGCUAUCAGAGGAGCCAUUAUGCUUGCUAAGCUAUCUGUAAUUCCAGUCAGAAGAGGCUAUUGGGGAAACAAAAUUGGAUCUCCCCAUACUGUUCCAUGCAAGGUCACAGGAAAGUGUGGUAGUGUGUUGAUGAGACUUAUUCCAGCUCCAAGGGGAACUGGAAUUGUAUCUGCCCCUGUUCCAAAGAAGUUACUUACUAUGGCUGGAAUUGAGGAUUGUUACACUUCAGCUCGUGGCUCAACUGCUACCUUAGGAAAUUUCGCAAAAGCUACCUUUUUGGCUAUUCAAAAGACCUAUAGUUACCUGACUCCAGAUUUGUGGAAAGAAAAUGUGUUGGAGAAAUCACCAUAUCAAGAAUAUUCAGAUUACCUAAUGAUGGCACAUAGACCUGUAGGCGCAGGACAGCAACGAAUGGAACAAGCUGCAGCUUGAACUUUUGAAACAAAAUAAAGUGAAAAAAAA